AUGACCGGCCACGCAAACAAUGAUUCUUCGGCCUCGUCCUCGUCGCGACCGUUGAACAAUGGCAGCAGCAGCAGCAAUAGCAAUAGCAACAGCAACAGCCCGCCCGGCGACCGAGAUGAGCUGGAACUCUGGAGCGAAGACGAGGACAUCGCCGACGUCCUCACCGAAGACCCCAUCCGCGACCGCGAAGACCUAGAAGAGCCGCUUUCCUUCAAGCGCAAGCAGAAGCAGAAUGUGCUGUCCACGCCUGGGCGCUUCCUCUCCGCCAUCACCGGUUCGCGACCAGGCACCGAUUCCCCCCACUCAUCCCCGCGAGUUCGAACGCCGAUCCAAGAUGCUGGCCGACCGGGCUUCACCUCCCCGCGCAGGACAGGCGUCAAUGCGACAACGACCCACGGGACGAAAGACGGCGCGCCGUUGGACUGGUACGUUGAGGGGCCGGGCCGACGAGUUGGAUACGAGGAUUUGACGGCGAUCGAUUGGAUUUUCGAAUACACAAAGGAGCGCCAGCGUUUGCGCGUCCUGUACGCGAGCGCGCAAGGCCUUCUGGGCUACUUCCAGCAGCUCGUUGACUCCAGUCAGGUCUGGGUUAUUCUCAUCCUGACUGGCAUGGCAGUUGGUGCUGUCGCAGCUGGGAUAGACAUCACCACAGACUGGCUUGGCGAUCUGAAGACCGGGUACUGCUCGGGCGGCCCCGAAGGAGGCGCAUUCUACCUGAACAAGGGGUUUUGCUGCUGGGGUUACGAUGAAUUCUCCAAGUGCGCCGGAUGGACGCCUUGGGCGAAGGCUCUGGGAGUGUCUUCCACGGGCGGGAAGUGGUUCAUAGAGUACUUCUUCUUCAUGUUUUUGUCGGUCAUUCUGGCUUGCGCUGCGGCUAUACUGGUCAGAGAGUACGGUAUCUAUGCCAAACAUAGCGGUAUCCCUGAAAUCAAGACGGUCCUGGGUGGUUUCAUUAUAAGAAGGUUCCUCGGCAGCUGGACCCUGAUCACCAAGUCAUUGGGACUGUGUCUCGCUGUUGGGUCUGGCAUGUGGUUGGGUAAAGAAGGACCUCUUGUCCAUGUUGCUUGCUGCUGCGCAAACCUAUUCAUAAAGCUGUUUAGCAACAUCAACGAAAACGAAGCUCGAAAGAGAGAGGUGUUGUCUGCAGCGGCGGCAUCUGGCAUCUCAGUGGCUUUCGGUUCGCCGAUUGGAGGCGUCUUGUUCAGCCUUGAACAAAUUUCAUACUAUUUCCCCGACAAGACGAUGUGGCAAAGCUUCGUCUGUGCCAUGACUGCCGCUGUCGUCCUCCAGGCAUUCGACCCAUUCCGCACAGGUCAGCUCGUCAUGUAUCAGGUCAAGUACAGUACUGGCUGGCAUGGUUUCGAGCUCAUCCCCUUUGCCCUGCUGGGCAUCAUGGGUGGCAUCUACGGCGGCCUGUUCGUCAAGGCCAACAUGGCUGUCGCUCGGUGGAAGAAGAACACGCCGUGGCUCCCCGGACCUAUUACCCAAGUUGCUGCUGUGGCCCUCUUGACGGCGCUCAUCAACUAUCCAAACUCGUACAUGAAGUUCCAGACAUCGGAACUGGUAUCCAACCUGUUCGUGGAAUGUACAAAGUACGUCGAUGACCAGAUUGGACUUUGCAAGACGGGAGUUGCAUCAGCACCGACUAUCGUACUUUUGGUCUUUGGAGCCGUGCUUGGAUUCUUCCUGGCCACCAUAACAUUCGGGUUGCAGCUACCUGCUGGUAUCAUCCUGCCGUCAAUGGCAAUUGGUGCUCUCAGCGGCCGCGCAGUCGGUAUCAUCAUGGAGAUUUGGGUCGCUAACCACCCAACCUUCUUCCCCUUCGCAUCAUGCGAGCCAGAUGUCCCUUGCGUAAUACCUGGGACGUACGCCAUCAUUGGCGCAGCAGCAAGUCUGGCGGGCGUCACUAAAAUGACUGUGUCAAUUGUGGUCAUCAUGUUCGAGCUGACCGGAGCCUUGACUUACGUCCUGCCCAUUAUGAUUGCGGUCAUGAUUUCCAAAUGGGUGGGCGACGCGAUCUCCCGACGAGGCAUCUAUGAAGCCUGGAUACACUUCAAUGAGUACCCGUUCUUGGACAACAGCGAGGAAAUGGUCAUCCCCGACAUACCCGCUUCACAGAUCAUGACGCGUAUUGAGGACCUGGUUGUGCUCACGGCAACGGGCCACACAAUAGCCAGCCUCAAGAACAUCCUCGACACACAUCCCUACCGCGGUUUCCCAGUAAUCUCGGAUCCUCGCGAUGCUAUUCUAUUAGGAUACAUUUCCCGGCAAGAACUCACGUACAAUCUGCGGAUCUCUUCCUCGCCUCCACGAUCACUCCCUCCGGAGACGGAGGCGUACUUCUCCCAUCAGCCGCUGGCCGAUCCCCGCACGACGCUGGACUUGCGUCCGUGGAUGGACCAGACGCCGAUCACCAUGCCGUCGAGGUCCAGUCUUCACCUGGCUGUCACUUACUUCCAGAAGCUCGGCCUUCGCUACGUGCUCUUCAGCGACCGCGGGGCCUUGCAGGGUCUCCUGACUAAAAAGGACGUUUGGUACGUCCUGAACGGCGCCGAAGAAACGCGCCGGACGAGCGGUCUGAGCAGGGACAUGGGAGUGCAGUCUGGCCUCACGCGAGAAGACGGUGGCGGCGAGCAGAGGGGCCUGUUGAGGGACGACGGGCAUGAGGAAGGUAUAAGCCCGGCGGAUGACCGGGAUACAAUUUUAUGA